UACACGCGUGUGUGUGUUGUGUUUGUGUUACGGAUUAAAAUAAAGAUCGAAUCGAAGAUGUCUUUCUCAAUAAGAAAGAUGUGGUUCAGUUUACUUGUAGUCUGCGUGCACAUCAGUGCAACUCUGGCAGCUAACGAGUACCUUCCACCGAGCAAGGGCUAUACUUACGAGCCUCCGAAAAUUCCCUUCCCUCCCACGAAUGGAAAUACUAGAGUGCCAACGCCACCCACUUAUAGACCGACCUCUCCACGACCGACCUACGUGCCACCCCCCACACACCCUGGUCCUCAUGAUCACCACGAACAUGACCACGAGCAUGACCACCACCAUCACGAGCCUGGUAUGCCAUUCGACUUCGCAUACGCGGUGAACGAAGAUGGUAACGACUACAGCCACAAUGCGAAGUCUGAUGGUGAUGUUACACGUGGGGAGUAUAGAAUCGCUUUGCCUGAUGGCAGAACGCAAAUAGUUAAAUACACUGCUGACUGGAAGAAUGGUUUCAAUGCCGAGGUGACUUAUGAAGGUGAAGCCCGGUACCCAGACCAGCCUACCGGAGGCUACCCAUCAUCUGGACCUGGACAACCCUACGUACCACCACCGAGCCCGGGCUACCAUUACUAGAUUACCGAAAAAUGAUCGAGUACAAUGCUUAGAAAAAAUUAUCACAAACAUUUUCAUUUUUCACCACUAGAUGGCAUUCUUACGACGCCAUGAAGAAGCUUAUUUUUAAGUCCUAUAUCAACAGAUUAAAAAUUACAGUUACAAUCUGUACAGCCAUCUAGUAAAAAUCGAUAAUUUAAUAUUUCACAUCCCCCUCCAUAUUCUUUCAUUGAACAUAAUAUCAUUAAAAAUAAAUUAUUGGUUAAUUAAACCAUAAGUAUUAUAAUAUUAUAUUAGUUACCAAACAAAGUUACCACAAUACAUACACAUUUCUCAUUUGUUUAACAAACACUGCCUUAAGCCUUAUACCAUAUACAUACCCUUUAGAGGUGCUGUUAUUUUCUUUAUGUUUUAAUGUUAAGUUUUAAAUUUAAAAAUAGCCUACAAUAGUAAGUUAAUUUGUUUCUUUUAUAUAAGCAAUUUCUUUCAAAACAAACUGAUUCAUUCAUAAACAAUCAAGAAUUUGUAAUAAUUAUGUUAAUUUACUUUUAAGCAAUUGUAAAAUACUCAUAAUCACUGCC